GGCGCACUUUAAUGACGUCACACAAACAGGAAGCGCGCGAGUACAGUUGGGAAACGUGUGGCCAACGCGAGCCUCAGAAUAAGGCAACUUGGCGUUGGUCUAUAAAAACACAUAAAGGCCUGUUGUCAUGUCUCUGAACAAGUCCAUGCAUCCCCGAAACCGCUACAAAGACAAACCACCGGACUUUGCUUAUCUGGCUUCUAAGUACCCAGAAUUCCAAGAACAUGUUCACACCAACCUGAGUGGACGAGCCGUAGUGAAUUUCAAGGAGCCAGAGGCCGUGCGAGCCCUGACUUGCACCCUUUUGAAGGAGGACUUUGGUUUGAGCAUCGAGAUCCCUCUGGAGCGCCUCAUACCCACGGUCCCUCUGCGUCUCAACUACAUCCACUGGGUGGAGGAUCUCGUCGAUGGCCAGAAGCAACGACGUAGAGGCAUCGACAUCGGCACUGGCGCAUCUUGUAUCUACCCGUUGCUGGGAGCCACAAUGAACAGCUGGUUCUUCCUUGCAACUGAGGUGGAUGAUAUAUGCUUCGACUACGCUACCAGGAACGUGAAGCAGAACCAUUUAUCCGACCUGGUUAAAGUGGUCAAGGUUCCCCAGAAGACUCUGCUGAUGGACGCUCUGAAAGAAGAAACAGAAAUUGUGUACGACUUUUGCAUGUGCAACCCUCCUUUUUUUGCCAACCAACUUGAAGCCAAUGGGGUCAAUUCAAGGAACGCGCGGCGGCCUCCUCCCAGCUCAGUGAACACGGGCGGGGUGACAGAAAUCAUGGCGGAGGGUGGCGAAUUGGAGUUUGUUAAGAGGAUCAUUCAUGACAGCUUGCAGCUCAAGAAACGCUUGCGGUGGUACAGUUGCAUGCUGGGAAAGAAAUGCAGUUUGACCCCACUGAAGGAGGAGCUGAGAAAGCAAGGGGUACCCAAAGUGACUCACACAGAGUUCUGCCAGGGGCGCACUAUGCGAUGGGCGCUGGCCUGGAGCUUCUAUGAUGAUGUCAUCGUUCCGUCACCGCCCAGUAAGAAGCGUAAAUUGGACAGAGCCCGCAAGCCUCUUUCCUUCACACUUCCCCAUGUGGCUGUGAAGGAGCUCCAGGCUAAGGCCCGUGCUCUGGGCUGUACUAGCCGCCAUCCGCUGAAAGCCAUCACAACUCUUGUGGAGAAGACGCUCACGGACCUGCGGGUGCUGCACAAGCGUGUUCCGUGUAGGGAGCACGAGCAGAGCCUCCUCCUGACCGCCGUGGAAAACACUUGGCUCCACGGGCGACAGAAGCGACGCGAACAAAUGCGGCAGCUGCGGGAGCUGCCGAGAGCAGAUCACAAUGCCGCCGCUGCCGCCACCACGAUGCCGUCCCUCACGCAAGACACCCAGGUGGAUGCCGAUCAGAAAUCAGCCAACCCGGAGGUGACUGCAGAGUCGCCCUCCGUUGAAGGCAGGAAGGUUACGGAUAUUGCCGAUGAAGUGGAUCAGGAACUCCCGGAACAGGUUGCAGAUGUGGAAACGAAGCCUAGGUGUGACCCCGCGGGCACCUGUGGCCAGAAGGACGCCAGCGAGAUGCCCUCAAAACAGCCAGCGAGCCCACUCUCAGUGGAACGCUUCUUGUUUAAAUGUCUGCUGAAUGUCUUGCACGAGGAGAGUGAUGCAGUGAUUGAGAUACACUGGGUGGAAGGUCAGAAUAAAGAUCUGAUGAACCAGCUGUGCACUUUCCUGAGGAACACUCUUUUAAAAGCUGUUUCUAAAUCCUGAACAGAAAUCGAUACAAUGUGCAUGUAGAGAUGCUUUUGACAUGUUAAAACAAUCCUUACCCUAACUUGAUUGUUAAUACCAAUCAAUAGUCAUCGUGAUUUAAAAUGUAUUUGUCAGUUUACCUUGUUAGGUCAUCGAUUCAGUGUAUAUUUUACUUUAUUGCCCAAUAUUGGGAAUAAAUGUAACUUUAUAAAAUG